UGUGCAGCCACCGAACGUACAUUUGCAUUUUAAGUAUCUGAUCUAUUUGACAAUAUUGAACAGAUAGCAGAGAUCAGGGAAGUUUGAAAGAAGUAAAGAUAUGACUGUUAAUGAAAUGGAGUUUUGCGAAGAAAUUUCGCAGGACAAAACCUCCGAUAGCGAGUUAGACCUGUUUGAGGAAGAAUCGAGCCUUAUCGAUGAAAUUUUAUCCUUGCCAAUCAAAAAGUUAGGCAAUCUUAGCGGAAUAACAACUUCUAGGAAAGGAACUGAACUGGCAGCAAAUACUACAUUUAUAUCGAAACCAGUUGUACAGCUUGUUUCGAAUAUCUUUAAAAGCCCUGUAUCAGAAGAAACCUUGCGAAACAAUCUUAACUUGUCGGCACCCAAAAUACCUUUUUUGAAUAUUAGACCAGCAGAUCCUUGGUUGAAAAGCUUAAAUCCAAAUUUAGUAACAGAAUGUCUUGACUCUGAAUUAUUUACUCAUAAGCAUGUUUCUAAUUUCUUGCGUGUCGCCUUUCCGUUAGUUGGUUUAUUGGAUACUAUGUCAAAAGGGAGGCUGACUCAGUCGCGCGUAGAAACUGCCAUCACGGACUCCUUACUUCUCUUGUCCUCGGCAAUCGAAAACGUAAAUGGUUGGCGUCGCGAGAACCUUAUGCGCAUGUAUAAUUUGAAUCAUUUAAAAAAGCCUGAUGUUAGCCCCGCAGAUAACCCCCACUUAUUCUCAACUAACUUUGAGAAAUGUGCUAAAUUUCCAUCAGUUGAUGAACUUUACGCAGACAAUGACCCUCUACCCGAUUUGGAAAUAAAACCAGUAUCUAAGUUUUCAAAUGAAAUUAUCGCGGGGGAUUCUAUUUUGGACGAUGUUAGUUCUAAGGUGCAUAAACUAGUCUCCGAAGACACUAACAGACAGAACGGGACUAAAAACGCUUUCACACAAACAAGUGACUAUAGUAAGGCAACAACAUCGGUAGGUUCUGAGAUCAAAACAUGUAAGUGUUCAGUGAUUGACUCUCCCGACUCCGCUCCCGUCGCUCCAGUGAAAGAGUUCGCCGACAGCAGUGUGAAAACUGCUGAAGCGAGCUAUUGCGUCGAUAAAUCUAGCGAUGUUUCAACUAAAUCGCAGAAGUCUUUAAUUCACCUGAGCCCAGGAGCGGCAAAAGAGAACACAGGCAGUGUGGGAAAAGCGGAGUCGGAAGGGAUUUCGGGUUCUGAUUUGCUUAUUUCGGAAUUAACAACCAGUCGCCCCGUUUCACCGCGUUCGCGUAAUCGAAAAAGUACCGGGAACCUCAAAAAACAAGAUAAUUUAGAAAAAGAUUUUUCUUCAGUUUUUGACGUUAAAGAAAGUGCUCAAAAUGUAUGCGAUGAUUCGGUUGAUGGGAGCAUCAGUAGUGGUAUAACUAUUGAGGAGGACGAGGACUGCGGAGAUAAUAGUUCUGAAAAUAAUGGUAAAAGUAGUGAAAUGGAUUCUGAUUUAGCGCUAACGGAGGUUUCGGACGAUAAAAAGUCGUUACCAGAAGUAGCGAAAGUGGGUGUUGCUAGCUCAUCGAAAAGAAAGUUUGUACCUAUCACCGGACCACCUAAAGCAACUAGCACCAGCAUAGCAAACUCUAAAACUGACAGUCAAAAAAUGAAUUUAGGAAAUUUGAACAAGGCUCCUUUUCCUGGAGUCACCAGCAAUCCCCCUUUUGGCACCAACAAAACUUCAACUUUUUCUAGUAACUCAAAUAAAACCAGCAAUACAACAUCGGGUACUGCCACGAAUCACAAUGUUAAACGUAUAAUAUCUGCGGCACCCUUAAAACAAGUUGCAGUCAGCAACAGAAAUGCUAAUGCAUUUCAUAAUGCUGCAACUAUAGCUGGUGUAGGUAGUCUACAGCAGCCCAAUUUUCAACCACCCUUGGGAAACAGUAGACUCGUGAGGGCUCCAGUGGAUGCUAGGUCACCGAUCAGCCAAAUGCACAACAUUCCAGCGAAGAGGCAGAGGAGUGAACCCUAUUGGAGUGCGAUGGAUUUCAGCUCUCCUCAACAGACUGGCGUGCUAGGAGUGACACUUCCCCACCAGCAGAUGAGCAGAGACGCAAAUUUUCCCAGAACUAACAAGUGGAGAUAGAACUCUUUUCCUAUAAACGUAAUGAAGCUAUUUGUACUUCUUAGUUUCGUAUAGUAUUCGAUUUGAUAAAUUAGAAUUUUUCUGAUUUA